CAAAAACGGGAAUGCAAUCGACACUGGCAGGAACUGACGUCAGAGGCUUGCGUAUGUGACGUCACUUGUGCUUUUCCGUGUUUCGUUUCUGACUUUCCGGUAGUCGCUGGAUGGCACGUGGUUUCAUUCAAAGUGCACGUUGUUGCGGAAAGCACGAUGAGUGACAACGAGAAAACGGAGAAGACAACUGAAGCGAAGCGAAGCAGCUCUCUGCUUUCAACGCUUCGCAGACUGUCAGAUACAAAUCGUGAGGCACGUAUUCUUGCUGGUGAAGCGCUUCUCAAGGAACUAUCAAACAAGAGUGCCAGCAAAGAUGAAGAUGAGUUUCGUACAACAGUAGAGUACCUCGUCAAGGGCUUGUCAUCGUCCCAAAGGUCGUCAAGAGUGGGAUUUACAACCACCCUCAUUCAGAUCCUGCAGACAUUCGCUAAUGUUCCAGCACAGGACGUUCUCAAAUAUAUGAACAAACAUCUUGCUCUUGACGCAAAAGAGAACAAAAAUCACGUCAUGAUCGGCCGUUCCUUGGCCCUCAGUUCAAUAGUUCGAUCAGGGAGAGCCAAAGCAGUGUCUGCGGACGUCGCCCGAGAAUUGUUGGGUAUACCCCCGCGUUCUCCUUGCACGGAAGUUCUGGUGUGCGAGAUCUUCAAGGAGUUUUUAAGUCAAGUGAAGAAGGAGAGUUUCAGAACAAAAUUGUGGCCUGUUUUGGAGAGUGCUUUGUCUGGAGGCUGGGAUAGCUGCUCUCCAUUUACACUGUUCCUCCUCUGCUCGGCCGCACAGAAGUCACCGGAAACAGUUGGAUCAGAAUUUCUGAAGGAGCAUUGGGGAUGUAACGAUAUCCUUUCAAAAAAAAAUGUGCCAAGGAUUGUUGCCGUCCUCCAGAGUUCUUUGUCCACGCUUCCUCACAUUCAUCCUGUAUGUCGUUCCAUUUUGGAGUAUGCCUUGAGCAAAAAUGCACUUGCAAAGGCUUGGAAGCGUUUCUAUUGUGAGGGGCUUAUGGAGUCUUCCACAGAUGAAAGGACGUACAUAAUAAUGGAGCUGUUGCCCUGGUGUAUUUCGCAGCUAUCCACCGCAGAAGAGGUUGACAGCACCUUUACUGAGCAAUUGAGAAAGGUGCUACUACAGACCAUGACUAAUAGCACACACAUACUGCAUGCUAAGGCACAGGACAUGGCUCGUUGCCUCCUGGAUUGCGCCAAAAGCACUGAAGACGUCGGCGUACAAAUCGCACUUUUGGGAUUCUUUGUAAAACCGCCUAGCAGCAUCCUGUUUGACCAGGUAUCCAAAUCGAAGACAGUGCAGCAACUCUUGGCUAAUGCAUCCACGGAAUGUGUGCUAUGGUAUGGAGAUUUCCUGAGGACGUUUCUUCAGGAUAUAAAGACAGAAAGGGGCUUCCACCUCGGUCACCAGCAGUCUCAGGCGUUCGAACAGCUGUCCCAUUUGCUGAACCUUCCAGCAGUCCAGUCUUCGGCACAACUAAGAUCGGAAAAUCUACGCUUUUUGGUUGAAAUUUAUUCCACAAGGUAUUGUGGUGCACAAACAUCUGAGAUGCAGUCACCUAAAAGACACCUCCAGUCUGCGAUCCUGAAAGCCUUGGUGCCAUCAAAGAAGUCUCAAACAACAGACUUUGUCCAGUUACUGGUCUCCCUUCUUACUGAUAUUAAAGAACAUGGAAAACUGGACACCUUGAAGCUCCUCACAAAAUCUCUCAAGAUUAUAAAGAAAAUGGAAAAGAAGGAAAUGAAUCACGAGGUCGCAACAAGCCUCAAGCUUCUGCUGGGCUACCUUUCCAUCUUGGUGUUCCUGGGCAUUUGCGAGGACAACAGUAUAUUGGAGGACAUUCAAAGUUCUGCAAAGGCUUAUGUGAAAGACAACAGCCAGACAGAAGACUCUGUUUGGGUUGACACUAUCAUGGAAACGCUCCUCAACAUGUUGGCAAUGACAAGUCAGGCUGUUCGGACUGUGACGGUUCUGAUCUUUUCACUUCUCCACAAGCACAUGAGUGAUGAUGCUCUACAUCAGUUACUAAGUGCUUUUGGAACAAAGAAGGAGGAAGAAGAGGAUGAAGGGGAAUUUAUUGUUGAUGAUGAUGAGAGUAGUGACAGUGACAGCAGUGAUAGCGAAAAUGAAGAAGACGAAACUGCGGAGACAGAUGACGAACUCCGGGACCGCCUGAGAGCUGUCUUUGGAGACGAUGAACAUUCCGACGAGGAGGGGGUCUUGACGGACAAGGAGAUGUUCGAGCUGGACAAUGCCAUAUCUGCGGCGUUCAAGGCUCGCAUGGGAGAAAGCAAGAGUGAGAGAGUAACUGGCAUUCACUUUCAAGUAAAGUGCCUAGAGCUCCUGCAGGAGUACAUAGGAAGUCACCCUCCCGUCCACCACCUCAUCAAGAUUGGCAGUGUCCUCGUGGCAGCAUCCACACUGCCUAACUUCAAAAGUGAGAAGACCCUUAUCAGCAGUAUAAGCGACACCUUGCGUUUAAUGAGUGCAGUUAGAAAGUUUUCCAGCAUAUCUGACGUGCGAAACGAAAUCAUGGAGCUAACGAAGAGUGUCCUCGACCAAGUUAGUAAAGUGUCAAACUUACAAUUGAAAAAUGUGCUCGGGAUCUUCUCUGCUUUCCUGGUACUGUGCUACAAGAAAGUUUGCUCACACCUGGGACACGAAGAAAACAGCAGCAGUUGGUAUCUACAGCUGUAUAUGGACUCUCUGAAAGCUUAUCUGGAACACAGCUCACACAUCAGUCCAUUGUUAUUUGUAAAGUUCAUGGAGACCCACCCAGAGUAUUGUUACGACUUCAUCGUAUCAUUAGAAGAGAAAGCGUCUGCAUGCAUGGAAGAACAACACAUGAGACUUCAGAUAUUUGGUCUGCUUGUGGCUGCUAUUCGUCUUCUUCAGGGCGAAGCACUGCCUGCAAGCAAAAGAUCAGGCGUGCAGAAAAUAUUCAAGAAACUCACUGACACUGCUGUGAAGGCGCUCGAGGAGAUGGCCAAGAAUAAAGAAGUCAAGACAGGCAUGACCAUGGAAUUUGCUGACCUUCUCCUUGUCAUCUCCAAGCAAUCUUCGUCGCUUGGAUUUCAGCACCCAUUUCAAGACAACGAAGCUCUAUCUGCUGCGCUUGAAACUCUGACACAGUUAAUGGGACACAGGCAGAAGAAUGUGAGGAGAAGAGUAGGACAAGUGCUUAAAGAGAUAAACAAGGAGAACAAGAAAAAAGAAAAGCCAAAGAAAAAUGAAAAACGAAAACACCAAGAUGCUGACGAGACGGCACCCAAGAAAAAGACUGUGAAGUCAGAAUAAAGGAUGUUUAUCGUGUAUUAUA